CCCCCCCACCGCAUUUCUUUCCUUUUAAAGACCAGAUCAGUAUUUUCUUGAUACGGUUGUCACCCUUUUUUUUUUGUUCUCACGACGACCAAUUGAGUCCUUGAUCCUCACGUGAUGUGAAAAGCUUGAACUGUAACAAAAUCGCUCCUUUUAGGUGGUUGGUAGGUUCCUUCUCCCGCGCCCAUCCCCCGCUCUCCCGCGCCCUCCUCCUUCCUGCCUGCUGCGUUCUUUCCUUCCUUCCUUCUUUCUUUCUCGCCUGCCUCUCUCUUCCCCCUCCCCCUCCCCGAACAUACAUUUCUCCGCGAUGCAACGCUCCGCUUUCCAAUCUCCCCGCAAUUCAUUACAGCUUUUAGCUUUCCAAGCGCCAGCUAAUUAAAAAUACCCAGCCAAGGCGAGGAGGAAGAGAGGAAUAAAUGAAAAAGAUGAACUAGGGUUUGCUGGAACGAUUGAGAAAAAAACACCCCUCUGUCCUGAAAACAAGGUCGCCCAUUUUAUAUCUUUGGACUCUUAAUUACUGAAUUACCCACCACAUGACUUAACUCCUGCAAACACCAAAACCCUGAAAAGCAUUUGCGAUUCGAUCCCACCCCCCUUAAACUUUAAAUGGUGGGAAUAUUUUGCUUCCUUUUUUGUGUGUGCAAAGGCUCCCUUGCAUCUGCACUCCAACCAAAUCUUCUGAUAACUGGUUUAUCAGGCUCUGCUUUUAUUCCCUCCCUUUUCCUCUUCUUUCCCUCCCCCCUUCCUUCUCUCUCUCUCUCUCUCCCUCCCUCUUUCCCCCUCAAGUUAGUUCAAGAAGUCAGAUCUGUCAGGACGGGAGUGGGGGGGGGGAGAAUGCCACUUCCCGACUAACAGGCGGAAUCCAGCCCAGAUUUUCAGUCCUCUCUUUGCCCCCCCUCCCUCUCUUUCACUAAUUUCCCCCGAUGUUAGCACAUUCUGCCUUGUAACAACCCGGACGCCUGUAGGUUUCUUUCAUGGGAUCAUUACUUACUGAUCAGGAUGGCUGCAGAAUCUGGAACUGAAGACGGGAUGUGAACUUGGAGGAAAACAUUUUGCAACCUUUUUAUUUUUUUUUUGCUACAAUCACAUCAUCUUGGUGCUUUGCUCGAGCAAGGGAGGGGAGAAAAGGAUUUUUCUUUUUUUUUCUUUUUUCUGGGGUGCUUGAGGCUUCUGGUGUUGUGAAUGUGAAAUGCUAUCUUGCAAGCCUGUGAAGUUGUGAGCAACCAAAUAUUUUAAGAAGGAAAAAAACCAAAUCUCCAAAGAAGGGGGUGGUAGGGUUUUUUUUGUGUGUGUGUGUGCGAGGGGGGGGGGAAAAGGACCUCUGUUUUCCCCCUCAUUGCCAAAGUGGAAAUAUGUUCCUCGACGAUUACUCUGGCAGAAAUGUUAUAGUUUGGGUUCUUCUACUUGAGCACUUGCUCUUUUAAGCAAAAUGAAAUGGGGGAGCUGACUUUUUUGCUGAGACCAGUGAGGAGAGAAUUUUGAUUUGCUGGCUUAUUUUUUUUUAAAUAAAAAAAUGAUAAAGGAUUAAAGGUAAGCAAUGUACGUAAUAUGUAUGUAAAUAUUUGGACACUCAGCCAUUGGAAAUGGGCAGAUUCCUUUGAAAAUAAUUUUAGCUAAGCUGUGUCAAACACACACUCAUUUGCGGUUAGAGGCCGCCUUGGAAGUAGAUCAUUUAAAGUGUAUGUCUUAAUCAGUUUCCUGUACAGUCAGUAAUACUAUAUUUAACAGAUGGGGCUCUAGGUGACCUAAGACGACAUUAGGACCACUUUUAGAAAUGUUAUCUUCUGUGCAUUUUAAAUAGAAGUGGUGCAUUCACCUUCCCUCAGAUAAACAAAAAAAUGCUAAAAUGAAUAUGCACUUUCAUUGGCUCUUUUUGUGUGUGUCAGUAACCUCCUCCGUCCCCGCCUCCCUCACAGAAACAAGAUAAUCUAAUCUAGAGAAAAGUCACAAAACUUGAAGGGGGUUGGUUUAAAAUAGCAAUUUUUUUGGAAUGCAUUUUGGGAGGGGAGCUGCUCUCUCUCUUUGUGCCUAAGUGAUCCAGAAUCACAUUCACAGCUUGGUAUUUUCUCUCUUUUUUUGUGGAUUUAAAACUGUCAACUUAAAAGGGUGUUUUUUUUUGCUGUGGUUUUUUUUUGUACAUGAUGUUUUAAAGAUUGAUCUUGGAUAUGGGCUGCAACACUAGGGAAGAUGCUCAUUAUCAAAGGCUUCAGUUUAUCAGGCCUCUUAAAAAUUAAUAUAUGGAGUGUCUUUUCUGUCUCCCUUGCCUCUAUAUUUUUAAUUUUGUUAUAUUCUGGUAACACCCAGCCAAGAAAUAUUCGACUUUUCCCCUUCCUCGCAGGAAAAGGUCGACCUGGACUUCAGGGUAUAUACCCAAAUAUACCUGGGGAAGGAAGGCGAGAAGAAUUACAUUUUAAAAGGGCCCACGGAGAUAAACGAAUGUGUCCUCAUCUCCAAAGGAAAGUUCGUCUGAUUUUUACUCAAGGGGUCUCGUCUUCAGGAUGUCAUUGAACACUUCCGCUGCUGGCAAAGGUGUGGAUCCAAACACGGUUGAUGCUUAUGACAGUGGUGAUGACUGGGAAAUUGGGGUUGGGAAUUUAAUAAUCGAUUUGGAUGCCGAUUUGGAGAAGGACAGACAGAAAUUGGAGAUGAAUAAUUCAUCGAGUUCCAAGGAUUGUGGGGGUCUUGCUUCCAGUGGGGUUAGCGCUACCUCCGCCUUAGCCGAUGGCCUAAAAUUUGCUUCCGUUCAGCCCCCCGCCCCGCAGGGGAAUUCUUCCCACAAAGAAACGAGCAAAUCAAAAGUGAAAAGGAGUAAAACUUCGAAGGAUGCUAGUAAAUCUCUGCCUUCUUCUGCCUUGUAUGGGAUUCCUGAAAUCGGCAGCGCUGGCAAGAGGCAGGAAGCCCAAGGGCGCUCAGGCGAGGCGGCUGGCAUGAAUUCAGCGCUGGGUCAAAGUGUGAGCGGCAACUCAAAUGGCAACAACAACAACACCAGCAACAGCAGCAGCAACAACAGCGCUAUUGCCUCCUGUGGGAAAAAUAAUAAAGAGGAGAAACCAGGUAAAGCCCAGGGCAGCAGAGGCUCCAAGCGGGAUAAGGAUGGAGGGAAAUCCAGGAAAGACAAGCAACUUGACCUGCAGCAGGGACAGGCCAACAACGGGAGCCAACCUCCCCCUGGGCACUUGUAUGGCUUUGGGACCAAGGGAGGUGGCGUUGGGGGCAACAGCCCUUUCAACUACUCCGCCUCUGCCGUGGGGGAUGUGAGCAAAGGCGCCCCGGAUUCAGGGUUAAUGGGGAACUCUCUCUUGGUAAAGAAAGAAGAGGAGGAGGAGGAGGAGGAGAGCCACAGGAGAAUCAAGAAGCUGAAAACAGAAAAGGUUGACCCCCUCUUUACAGUGCCUGCACCGCCCCCGCCUCCUAUCUCCAGUAGUCUUACACCUCAGAUUCUGCCUUCCUACUUUUCCCCGUCUUCAUCCAACAUUGCUGCUCCAGUUGAGCAACUUUUGGUACGGACUCGUUCAGUGGGUGUGAAUACUUGCGAUGUUGGAAUAGUAACGGAACCUGAAUGCCUUGGACCAUGUGAACCUGGGACCAGUGUGAAUUUGGAAGGGAUUGUAUGGCAUGAAACCGAGGAAGGUGUCCUAGUAGUAAAUGUUACGUGGCGGAAUAAAACAUACGUUGGAACACUGCUUGAUUGCACAAAACACGAUUGGGCUCCUCCUAGGUUUUGUGAAUCGCCAACAAGUGACCUGGAAAUGCGAGGAGGCCGGGGCCGGGGGAAGCGAGCGCGGUCCGCGGCGGCUGCAACUGCGCCAGGGGCGGAUGUUAGCUUCACAGAGUCCAGGGGACUGCAGGGCAAGAACAGAGGUGGUGCCAAUGGAAAAGGAAGGCGGGGCAGCCUUAAUUCGAGUGGCCGCAGGACACCCCCAAAUUGUGCCAUAGAGGAUGUCAAAGUCAGCCCCUUGUCCACCAAUAAAAGGAAAAAUAAGCCACCCAUGGAGCUGGAUUUGAACUCCAGUUCAGAGGACAAUAAAUCUGGGAAGCGUGUCCGUACCAAUUCUAGAAGCACUCCAACCACUCCCCAGGGCAAGCUAGAGACUGCUUUUUUGGACCAAGGCUGCUCUUCUCCGGUUUUGAUUGAUUGCCCCCACCCCAACUGCAACAAAAAAUACAAGCACAUAAAUGGUUUGAGGUACCACCAGGCUCAUGCACACUUGGACCCGGAAAACAAACUGGAAUUUGAGCCUGACAGCGAAGACAAAAUCUCCGACUGCGAGGAGGCGCUCAGCAACGUGGCACUGGACUGCAAUGAGCCAAGCACAAGUUUCUCUCAUUUUGAUCAGCUGAAAGCACCCGCCUCUCCCUGCCCCCUCAGCACCCCCGGGACGCCCAAGGGGAAAAGGGAGCAGGCGAGCAACGGCAAGAACUCUGGCAAAAAGAGGGGCUCGAACAGCGAACUCAACAGCCUGCCUGUCAUUUCCAACAUGACCGUGACGUUGGAGAACUGCUCGGUGGCAGACGGCAGUUUGGCGGCCGAGAUGCCCAAACUGGAGGCUGAAGGGCUAAUAGACAAGAAGAACGGGGGAGAGAAAGAAAAAGGCAAGAAAGGCACCAACUGCAAAGUGGAGAAGAACCCGUCGAAGCUGAAAACUGCCCGGCCCAUUGCCCCAGCUCCAGCUCCAACCCCACCUCAGUUAAUAGCUAUACCGACGGCAGCCUUUACAACCACCACUACCGGCACAAUGCCAGGAUUGCCCUCGCUGACGACGACUGUUGUGCAGGCGACACCAAAGAGCCCUCCGCUGAAACCUAUUCAACCAAAGCCCACCAUCAUGGGGGAGCCGAGCACUGUCAACCCGGCCCUCACGUUACUCAAGGACAAGAAGAAGAAGGAGAAGAGGAAACUGAAGGACAAAGAGAGCAAAGAGAGCGGGAGCCCCAAAAUGGAGCUGAAACUGGGGAAGUUGGAGGAUGCCAAGGGGCCCGGGAAAGAGGUCGCCGGGCAUUUUUUAAAGGAGCAUCUCAGCAAGAAUGAGGUGCUGGCGAACGGACUGUCGGAAUCCCAAGAGAGCAGGAUGGCAAGCAUUAAGGCUGAAGCGGAUAAGGUUUACACCUUCACAGACAAUGCCCCCAGCCCUUCGAUUGGCAGUGCCUCCAGGAUGGAAUGCACCACUUUGGUGAACGGGCAGUCUCCCAUCGCGCCGCUGCAUGUGCUGACGCAGAACGGGGCAGAGGGUGCCGCUGCUAAAACCAACAGCCCGGCUUACUCCGAUAUCUCAGACGCGGCCGACGACGGUGGUUCUGACAGCCGAUCGGAGGGGAUGAGGUCAAAGGCCAGCUCCCCUUCGGAUAUUGUUUCUAACAAGGACAGCGUUGUCAAAGGGCAUUCCUCCGCCCCAGUGCAGCCACCCCAAGUGAAAGAGCCCCAUUCCCCCUAUUACCAUGGUUAUGAUCCAUACUAUUCCCCAAGUUACAUGCACUCCGGGCAGGUCGGCGCCCCUGCAGCUGGGAACGGCAAUAACGCACCGGGGAUGAAGAUCAAAAAGGAAGCCGAGGAAGAGGCUGAGAAGAAAGACAAGGCCGAGCCGGCUGAGUGCAAGAAAAGCGAAGCCAGUCCCACUAAUAAUUUACAACCUCAGCACCAGUCGGUCAUAACUCAGAGGCAUCCUGCACUUGCCCAGUCACUUUACUACGGCCAGUAUGCCUAUGGGCUGUACAUGGACCAAAAGUCCUUGAUGGCUUCGAACCCAGCUUACAGGCAGCAGUACGAGAAAUAUUACGAGGACCAGAGACUGGCGGAGCAGAAAAUGGCGCAAACUGCUGGGAGAGAGUGUGAAAGGAAAAACGAACUCCCCCCAAAAGAUCUGGGCAAAGACGAUAAACUGAAAAACAUCCCCUCCGCUACUAUCUCCAAAGCGCCUCCGACUCCCGAGGCCAGUAAAAGCAACUCUAAAAUAGGGCCCUUGGUCCCUAAUAAAACGGAGGAGACAAGCAAACCGCAGCUUCUUCCCAAUCAUCAGCACCAGAUUCAGUCGGAUAGCUUCAAAGCAAAGCAAAUGGAAAAUCACCAGCUUAUAAAGGAGGCGGUGGAAAUGAAAUCGGUUAUGGAUUCGAUGAAACAGACUGGAGUAGAUCCCACUACAAGGUUUAAACAGGACCCAGACACCAGGACGUGGCACCAUUACGUAUAUCAGCCGAAAUAUCUUGAUCAGCAGAAAGCAGAGGAGCUGGAACGUGAAAAAAAGUUAAAAGAAGAUAGCCCCAGAAAAACACCUAACAAGGAAGCCUCCUUCUCCAGCAUUCCUGUCUCAUUAAACAGCAUUAAAGAGGAGCCUAAGGAGAUCAAGCGUCCCGAUUCCCAAUCACUGGAGGAGAACAAGAUAAAAAAUGAUGAUCGAAAGACUCCUGUGAAUUGGAAGGAAUCCCGGGGCGCUAGAGUGGCAGUUUCCUCUCCAAUGGCUCAGCACCAGUCGUACAUACAGUACUUGCACGCUUACCCUUACCCCCAGAUGUAUGAUCCAAAUCAUUCUGCAUACCGCGCUGUGUCUCCUGUUCUCAUGCACAGCUACCCAGGGGCCUAUCUCUCGCCGGGAUUUCAUUAUCCUGUUUACGGAAAGAUGUCCGGAAGAGAAGAGGUGGAAAAAGUCAAUACCAGCCCUACUAUUGGUGUAAAAUCUACCACGGAAUCGAAAGCGCUGGAUUUGCUGCAGCAACACGCCAACCAGUAUCGCAGCAAGUCUCCUGCUCCUGUAGAAAAAUCUACAUCUGAGCGUGAAAGGGAAGCAGAGAGGGAGCGAGAUCGACAUUCCCCCUUUAGUCAACGGCAUCUUCAUACCCAUCACCACACCCAUGUCGGAAUGGGCUACCCACUAAUUCCUGGUCAAUACGACCCGUUUCAAGGGCUGACCUCUGCUGCCCUUGUCGCUACUCAGCAGGUCGCUGCUCAAGCAUCUGCAUCUGGCAUGUUUCCUGCACAACGGAGAGAAUGAUGAUUUUGGAAAUGUGCAUCGUCAUGUGACUGGAUCACAUGGGAAAAAAGCGCUUUAUUACAGACAUCAGUUCCAUGGUGUUAAUUUGAAAUGCCUUAAUGGCAGGCAAAAACCAGUCAUUUCAUUUUUGUAAAUUGCAGAUUUUUAUCACAGAGUAACAAAUGUUGCUGUAUUUAGACUUCUGUUUUAUAUAUAUAUAUGCUUAUAUAAAUAUAAAUAUAUAUAUAAAUAUAAAUAUAUAUAUAUAAAUAUAUUCUUUACUUUUUGUAUCGGUAAAUCAGGCUCACACAGGGAGUCUGCUGCUAAGUUGUAAACCACAAAGUAAAUGAAAAGAAGUGUAUUGUCUUGUUUGGAAAACGUUAACCACAAAAGGUUGUUUGUUUCCUUUUUUCUCCCUUCCUUUGGCUUUUUUAAUUGUAAAUAACUAACGUUACGUAUCUGUGUGCCUGAUCCUUGCAUACCCUUCUAAUAUUGCCCACAACCCUCAAUAGAGGUUAACUGUGACGACGACGACACUUUGGUACAAUACAAUUUAGAUGUCUAUUUGGUGGCUCCUAUUAAGAUGCAUCAGUGUAAAAUGUUACUGUAUUAACUGUCUCAUUGUAAUUGUGUAUUGUGAAGAAUAUACAUUUGGAAGGCAUGGGGUUGCCAGUACCACAAAAACUGUGUUGUACAUAAUGUACAGAUUUUAAAUGGGGAAAUAAUGAGCAUCUGUGAAUAAUGAAAUGUCCUUUUUUAUAAUCUUGAAUGGCAAAUAACCCAAUAGCCUGCAUACCAGAAGACGUCUGUGAUUGUUCUAUUACUUGAAUAGUCCUGCAGUCUUUUUUUUAAUGUUUACAAUUAUCCCGUUUUAGAAGAGAGACUUUAAUGCCAUUGCCUGGUUACUUGUUUUAUGCUGUAAUCUAGUUUAUUUUAUGUAAAAUGUAUAUUGAAUGCUUUCAUUUUUAUACCUGCCUUAAAUAAUUUGGCAAUCAGAAUUAAAAAAAAUAAUGCUGUUUUUGUACCUUCUGGUGUCGCACAGUUGAUUUACAGAUCCUUGGGCUUAAGGGCUCCUUCUAAUGUUCACAUAUUGAAUUCUUGACUGAGAUUUGAGAAAGGGCAUUUCGAGUGCACUCUUUCUAGGAAAAGAGGUGCCAGAACUCACCAUGAAAGCCUCCCUUGUUCUCUUAUAAUGACAAUGGUGCCCAUCUGAAAGGUGCCGGGACUGAGUUCUGGCUGGGAAAAAGCCCUGGGUGAGGGAGGAGAGAUGGACCCCACUGGCCUGACUAUCACACUUGGCUCCUUGGGAGCAGUAAUUCUGCAGGGGAGCUAAGAGCUACUAGGAUUCUUUGAAACCUGGCACCACACUAAUAUCAGACUUGGGUAGUCUCUCCUCCCCACCCCCAGUUUUGAAACAGAUUAGUCCACCCAAAAAUAAGAUGGUGGUUUCUACAAAAAUAUGCAUCAGCUAUAUGUACCCUGAAAUGAUUGGGGGUGAUCCUCACUGUCCUGAAUUGGGUCACAUGGUUAAUAAAGCUUGUUGAGGCAGAUCAGGGCAUCCCCAAUCUUCCAUGUAGUUCUGUUGCCUUAUUUCCACAAAAAUAUAUCAAACACGUAGAAUCCUAGAAGGGAAAGGACCCCAAAAGUCGUCUAAUCCAAUGCCUCCAUCACAGAUGCCCAUGGCCAUAUCCCUCUAUUUUUACCUUCAUGGAUGGUACUCCAGGAAGGGGGGGCAGCAAGAAAAAACACUUUCCCACUUUUUUAUAACAGUAUAAUUCACCUGACGUGAUAGAUCCUGGAUCUACUUGCCUGAGCUUUGACAAAUUUCUUACUCAGGAACACCUCCAUGUCCCCAAUUUUCAAACGGAUUGCCCCUUCCCCUCCCCCAAAGGGGGGAAAAACUGGAGGGAAAGAGGUGUGAUUUCUGUUUUUCCACCCCAAAAUACCUUGCGAGGAGAACUGCUGCACCUAAUCGUCUGAACUUUUUCUGGUUUCUUCCCCUCAGAAGGUCUCUUGCCUGCAAUAUGUAUCUGGCAGAAGAUAAAAAGCAGAGACUUUAGAACAAACAUGCACAUUAAAAGUUCCUUGCAUGAAAACCUCUGAAUGGAUCUGCCUUGAAUUUGACAGGAGGGGGCUUCUGCCUCCAGAUGUGACUGGGGGGGAAGAGAUACAGCUAUUAUUAGUUUUCCCCAUUCUGGCAUUUUUUUACUUAAGCCUGUUCAAUACCUCUCCCAGAAGGACCAAUAGCGGCUGGGGAGGGAAUAUUUUGCUUUAAAAAUGGUAUGGGGAAAAGGUGAGUUAAAUAAUUCCACCACCGAUACCGUUCUGAUCCAAUCCCACCUGCUGCUUUUAAGUUUCCGAAACAAAGAGGAGGAGAUCCAAUCAUCGAUCUUCCAUAUCAUAUCUGGGGAACAGCAAUGAGAGUUUUCAUCUAUGAAACAACCACCAACUCUAUCUGGCCAGUCCCCACACACUCCCAGUAUAGCAGAACCUCAGUUUUUGAGUGUCUCGGAAGCCAAAGGUUUCGGAAGCCGAACGCCGAAAACCCGGACGUAAUUGCUUCCUUUUUCGAAUGCGCCUCGGAGGUCAAAUGGCUUCUGCUGCGUGUUUUUUAAUUUUCUCAAUGGAUUUUGCCAACCGCCCGUUGCUCCUUGAUUUUUGAACAUUUUGGAAGUCGAACGGUCUGCAGGAAUGGAUCAUGUUCGAAAACCGAAGUACAUAAUGGGUGGUGUGAAUUAAGAGGAGGCUCAGGAACCAAAGAACUUUGCCACUGGUUUUGCAUAUCCCAAGAGGACUUUGGGUGUUGAAUCUCUCAAGCAGCCUCUCCCCAUACAAAGUAGUUCUGCAUUGUCAAAACAAAGGGGACUUUCAAAAGGAAUUGCUAUGGUUUGCUGGCCCGUUGUUCAAGGAGGAGGCCUUUGCUUGUGUUCCAAACCUUGGUCAUGCCUAAAGCAUCAAGCCAGGUGUUUGCAAGUUGCUAUUCUAUUACACCUGGAAUGCUUUUAAAUUUCAACACAUAUCCCCAAAAGUUGCAUUGACACUUUUGAGAAGCAGCUUUUUAUUGCUGGGCAAUGAACCAUUUGACGCAGAACCGGUACAGGCAGUUUUCUUUCAGUGGAUUCCUAUGAACUUCUUUCAGCGACACUCCAAAGGCCCUUUGAAUUUCUAUAGCAUUCUCCCUUAAUUAUAUGAUUGCUGUUCUUUGAGCUUUUGGUUAGUAAGAGUAGAGCUUAUUUAUUACGUGGAAUAUAAUGCUGCAGAAUUUGUUCGUGAAAAGAUAAUGGAGCAGCAAUUUCAGCUGAAAUGUAUCUAUGAAGAAAGCAAAGUGAAUAAGGAUACCAGAAAAAGACUUGAGGGAGGGGGAACAUGGCCUUGUGGAGCAGUCAGUUAUUUCCUUUCUUUGGGGUUGCAUCAGUGGCGUGUGAAUGUAUUGCCCCAAGAAAAGCAACUGCAAGGAGGCCAUUUUGGACCAAAACCCUAGAGUUGAAGGAGGUUAACCAUUUAUUCCAUGCUUAUUCCCCAAUGCACAUCAUCCCUUCCCCCCUUCCCCAGAGUUGCUGUUAGCCAUGGAAGGAAAAAGGCAAGGCACCCAUUGUGCCUAUUUGUUUUGUUUUCUCCUUUUAAUUGCAGCCUGGGGGCAGGAGGGGGAAAUUUGUACUGGGACCACUGUGCAGGAAGAAGGUCUUCCUCCAUGAAAUUAGUUACCAGUGCUAAAGGUCCCCACCUCUUCACAGCUGUCGCUGUCUCCUCCUCUUUAGGGCUUUCCCCAAGCAAUCAGAGACUGCGCCGGCUUGCAGCCAAUCUCUCCUCUGCCUUUUUCAU